AUGCCAGAAACCCAUGAACGUCAACUUUCGACUAGUGAAGAUGAAACUGGUAAACAACGGCGGUCAAGCAGUUCAGCAUCUGAAAAUCGUGCAACAAUGGUUACAUAUUGGAAACGUAAUUCAAACCCAAAUCUUCAAAGUAUGAUGCUUGAUACAAAUGCUGAUAAAAUUAAUCAAUUUGAAUAUCCUGAAAUACUGGAAUGUUUACCUGAUCUUGAUGGUAAACGUGUACUUGAAUUGGGAGCUGGUAUUGGACGUUUUACAAAACGAUUUGCUCAAUUAGCUAAAUCGGUUGUUGCUGUUGAUUUUAUGGAAAGUUUUUUGGAAAAAAAUAGAGAAGAGAAUAGUCAUUAUGGUACAGUGGAAUUUUUACAUAAAGAUGCCACACAAUUAUCAUUUGAACGAAAUAGUUUCGAUAUUGUCUUUAGCAAUUGGCUCUUUAUGUAUCUUUCAGAUGAAGAAACUGAACAACUUUUACAAAAAAGUCUUUCGUGGCUUUCACCAGACGGAACAUUGUUCUUUCGUGAAUCAUGCUUCCAUUCUUCAGGAAAUAUCAAACCUGAUGAAAAUCCAACAUAUUAUCGUUCACCACGACAAUAUAUUGAUAUAUGUCAAUCACGUAUAUUAAAUGGUACACCUGAACAUCCACAUGAUCAAGUUUAUGAACUUAUUUUUGCUAAAGCAUUGGAAUCAUAUUAUGAAAUAAAAAAUAAUAAUAAUCAAGUAAAAUAG